CUUCGAGAAUACUUCGAGAAUUUGCCGUAUUGAGUUAAUAACUGUACAAAUUAAUUACUUAAAAAGGAAGCUUCGAGAUGCCACAGGCGCGGCGUAAGACGCCGUUCAGCGGCAAAGCGAAGAAGCAGCAACUGCAGUCUAAGAAACAGAAUAAAACGUUAUUGCUCUCCACCACAUCAGGGGAGUCCGGGCAGGAUGUGAUGUCGGUGAACUACCAGCCGUCGAGGGGCGGCAGGAACUGCAACAGAUAUGCUCUCAAGUUCUUCAGGGAGAGUGAUGCGGAGCUCAAGAUGAAGAAGGAGGAUGCUUUGAAAGCCCUGAACCCCGUCCCGGAGUCGGAGCUGGAAGUGGAACCCCAUGCAUUCUUCCCCGAGGACCUGGCCUUUCCCAAGCGGCCUCCGUGGGACUUCAGCAUGUCUCCGGCACAGCUGGACGCUCAGGAGCAUAAAUAUUUUACGGAGUACAUAAACAGCCUCCAAGCUACAGAGUACUGGAAGCAGAUGUCCUACUUUGAGCUCAACCUGGAGACCUGGAGACAGCUCUGGAGGGUGCUGGAGAUGUGCGACAUACUUCUGCUCAUAGUUGACGUUCGGUUCGCGGGCAUGAUGUUCCCCCCCUCCCUCUACCAGCACGUGAUGGCCCAGCAGAAGGACAUGAUCCUGGUGCUCAACAAGGUGGACUUAGUGCCGGCGGCCGCGGUGGUCGCCUGGAGGAAGUACCUCACUGAGACGUGCCCCGGACUCCGGGUUGUGUACUUCACUUCGUGUCCGGGGUACAAUUUGAAUGGGGCCACUAGUGACAAGGCGGGCCUCCAAGUGCGUCGUAGGCGCGGCCGCCAACGCAUGUGCGCUGAAGGCGCCUCCAAACUCCUGGAGGCGUGCAAGGAGCUGGUCGGCUCCGAUGUGGACCUCAGCUCUUGGGAGAAGAAGAUACGGGAGGAGACUGAUGUGGAGUUCGAUUAUGACGACCAGGCUGAAGUCGGCGAAACAAUCCUCCAAGAAGCAGACACCUCAUACUACAAACACGAGAAGUACAAAAGCGGCGUCCUAACCAUCGGCUGCGUGGGGCAGCCGAACGUGGGCAAAUCCUCGCUCAUGAACGCCAUAAUGGGCCGUAAAGUGGUCUCCGUGUCGAAGACCCCGGGUCACACGAAGCAUUUCCAGACCAUAUUCCUGACACCACAGGUCCGCUUGUGCGACUGUCCCGGUCUGGUCUUCCCAUCGUUGGUGCCGCGGCCCGUUCAGAUACUUAUGGGCGCGUAUCCCAUCGCGCAGCUGCGGGAACCCUACACCACUAUCAGAUAUCUAGGCGAAAGGCUAGACCUCCCAUCGCUGCUCCGUAUAGACCACCCAGAGAACGACGACACAUGGUCUCCGAGAGACAUCUGCGACGGGUGGGCGAAGAAAAAAGGUUAUCUCACCGCUAAAGCUGCCAGACUGGACACGUAUCGAGCAGCGAACAGCCUCCUGCGCAUGGCGCUCGACGGCAAGAUCUGCCUGUGGCUGCGCCCGCCCGGCUACACGGCUAAUAAAGAAUUGUUCGAGACAGCCGACGAGCUGAAAUACGUGAAAUGGGUCCAAGCGCUCACAUCGGAAUCGGCGCAGCCGCAGCCCGCGACAAGCGAGAGCUCGGACGAGACGGACACACAGACAGACGCGGAUGACAGCGACAGCAGUGGGGUGGAAGAUAUCGCUGUUGCUAAUAAGUUCGCCGCUUUAGGGCACGACUAGAAUGAAAUUAAUAAAAUAUCAAUUUUAUGUGAUCACAGGUAAUUAUAUACUAUGAUCCUGUUAUGAAACUCGCUUCGUUCGUUUCAUAAACCACGUAGCAGUCACAUAAACUACGUAGUUACGUAAAGAAACUGAACGUAUUAUGAUAACUAUACUCGGUAUCUUUAGGUAUUUAAAUAAAAGUAAAUAAAAUCUACCCUCAAAUGGCUUCUUAAGCCAGUUAAGGGUAGAUUAAAAUAUUACACGAUCAAAUAAUGUAGGUUAAAGUCAGGUCGUUCAGUGGCAGAUCCAGGUGAUUUUGUAUUUGGUUGGUUAACCAAUAAAUGUUAUAACUACCCGAAAAUUUACAAAUUGUUUACUUUUAUUUAAAUACCUAAAGAUAUACCCCCUUAUUCAUAAACGUUUACUAAAGUUAACAAGCCGAUAAUAAUCGUUUGUCCCCUUCCGACGUAUUGGUAUGAUGGAAAGGGACAAACGAUUAUUAUCGGCUUGUCAACUUUAGUAAACGUUUAUGAAUAAGGGGGUUAGAGUAUAAUUGUUCAAUUUAACGACAAUUAUCAUUAUACUUAAUUGUUACAUGUAUUUAACUACUAAAAUUUGCAUUUAUUAUAAGAUAAUUCUUACUACUUAUUACAUGACUGCUAUGUAUUUUAUAUAGGAAAAUAUCCUAUACAGAUGUAUAUUCCGUUUUUUAGCAUUAGAAAAAAAUGGUAAACAGUUUUGACAUGAUUUUUUAUUGAAAAACACCUUUGAAAAAUAAGUCACGGCAAUUAUGUAACAAUUAUGAAUCAUAUACGAUUAUUUACAUACUUUUGUUUUCAUAAGUAAUAGUUACUGAUUUUUAAAAAGCGUUUUUCAAUUAAAAGACACGUCAAGAUCGGAGUCUUUUUCUAAUGCUACAAAAACGAACUACAGUACAUGAUUGUUUUCCAUCGUAUUUUCUCGGAAACGUUCGUAUUUGUCAUGCUACUUCAGUCAACCUGAGUACUUUUUGUACCGACACUGACUGAAAUAUCAAGACACGUUCGAACGUUUCCGUGAAAAUACGAUGGAAAAUAAUUAUGCCCUUCAUCUGUACCUUGUGAUGAAAAAAUACGUUAUAUGUGACGUUCGGCGGCAAAAGGUACCUUAUGGCGGCUGGCAGUUACGUCGCAUAGCGCCGCAAUAAUAUUGGAGCGACGUUAAUAAUAGCGUAAGCGCCAACCGCCAUAAGGUACCUUUACCCGUGGAACGUCACAUAUAAGUUGUUUUUAACUAGUCUUAUUAAAAUCACUUAUUUUUGUCCAUUAGUGAUAAGAUUUAUAUUUGAGUCAAUUCUGACUGUGCUAUGGUUGCUGUAUUUAUUAUGGAAUAAACUAUUUUAUUUA